GCCACUGUUCCUUGUUUGAACAAGUGACUGAGAUAAGUCCCGGCUGUUGUUGAUCUAAUUUUUUUCCCAAAUUUAAAAGAAAAAUCAACCCAAAUAAUAGUUAUUCUGUAGAAACACUAGGAUGAGCGAAAAGAAGCCGUGCAGGGUUUGCAAUUUCUCACGACAGAAGUCGUAUGGGCUGGCAGUUCCGUCUCUAGAAGAGUUGAAGAGUAAAGGGGGCGAGUUCCUCGGUUACAGCCCUAAAGAACCUGUCACAGUGGUCCUCGAGAAUGAUGGGACAAUAGUGGCGGACGAGGCCUACUUUUUGUGUUUACCUGUGAACACAAAGUUCAUGUUGUUGCACGAAAAAGAGACAUGGUCUCCAGUUCGCAAGAUGGAUGGUGGUACAGCAUGGAUGGCCAGAGAAUCAGUGAUACUGGAGACGGAUUCUGUGGAUGGUACAGAACCCUGGUGGGACCUGGUUCAGCAGCUGAAGCAGGACAUGGCCAGUGUCAUCCUCAUGUCUGAGGCAGACCUACAGAUGCUGGUGGACAUCCCAUCCUCUGAACUAGCCUCCGCGCUGCACUUCAGAAAGAAGAAGGCUGAAGACCUCCAGCAGACCCUACAGAGGGUUUUGGACCGCAGGGAAGAAGAGAGGCAGUCCAAGGAGCUGCUCCAGCUCUACCUGAAAGCUGUGGGCAAAGAGGAGAAAGAGGAGGCAGAGCCGAGUCUACCCAAUCAGGAAGGGGCUGGUGACGUGGAUGUGUUGGACGGGAUGGAGGUGGACUCGACAUCUGGAUUCAUGUCCAGGACACUGAUGGUACUGAAAGGCAAAACCAGCCCAGAGACCCGGCUCUCCACGGAAGAUCUGCAGAUGGUGGUUUCCAGAGGAGUUGAAGCCAUGCAGCAGGUGCUGGGCUGGGACACUGCGAGGACCUCGGGGCUGCUGCAGGCCUGCGAGGCUGAGCUGUCCCGACGUCUGCAGCAGAUUCAUGCCGUGCAGUCCGUCAGAAGCAACACACAACCGAACAUUUGCGAAGACACUAACGAAGAGACUGCAGAGGACGGCCACGAGGUGCCAGCCAAAGGCAGCAACUAGUCCACGGCUUCACCUGAACAGACUGAUAAGAAUUCACACGACCCGCCUCGGGGUCAUUUGGACGGGAUUAACCUCAAUAAUAUCCAUGAUGCAGGAAUCCAUGAAUGUUAACAAUGUUGAUGUUUGCAUCAUUCCAUAAAAAAAAAACCUGGCCUGGAAAUCCAUUUCAAACACUUGGCAUCUCCAGCAGAGGAUAAACUGUGUCUUGAGGGCAGUGUUGGAAGUUUGGAGCAGCUGAACAUUCUUAAUGUGAUCUGAUAGCAGCCAAACUGCCCUGGUGACUUGCUCCUGCUUAUCCUGUACCUCCUACAAAAACAAAAGUGCUCUGUUUGAGAGGUUUGUUUUUGCAAUCAAAUUUAAUGUUUUUUUCUGCUGAAAGGAUGUCCAGUUUGUAUGUCUGUACAAUAAAUAUACAGUUUUUUUUUUAAUGAAUGCAAACAUGUAAAUGUGUUUUAACUUCCAGUUUUAUUAUAGUCUUAAUAAGUGGUGAUGUGUGAAAUAAAUCGAUGUGCAGCAGUU